UGCACAGUGCGACGCGGCGGGCCAAAGUAAAGAUGGCGGACCUGUCGGGGACCGAGCUGUCAGAUGAGAAAGAAGCCGAACUUGAGCUGAAGAAAAGGCAAAAAAGACCAUGGGAGGGUUUGCACAAGACGGGUAAAGUCGGCAUAACCCCAGAACUGCCAGAGACGUUGGGAUUUUACGACAUAAGCGCUGUCAGGAGGGAGCAACGGGAGCUCUCAGCAGAUCCAUCGUUGACACGUUUCAUUUGCACCGAGCUAACCAGAGGUUACUUCCUGGAGCACAAUGAGGCAAAGUACACUGAGCGCAGGGAGAGAGUUUACACAUGCAUGCGUAUUCCCAAGGAGCUCGAGAAGCUGAUGAUCUUCGGCUUCUUCCUGUGUGUGGAUGCCUUUCUGUACGUCUUCACCCUAUUGCCCCUGAGGGUGCUGCUGGCCCUGCUCCGCCUCCUCACCCUGCCAUGCUGUGGCUUCAGGGCACGCACAUGCCCGUACUGCAAACGAAGCAGUGGGUCGCGGCUUCUGCAGCCAGCACAGGUGUGUGACAUGCUGAGAGGCCUGAUCCUGGUGCUCUGCUUCUCCAUGAUGCAUUACGUGGAUUACUCCAUGAUGUACCACCUGAUCAGAGGACAGUCGGUCAUCAAACUCUACAUUAUCUACAACAUGUUGGAGGUUGCGGACCGUCUCUUCUCUUCCUUUGGGCAAGACAUCCUGGAUGCUCUGUACUGGACAGCCACAGAACCCAAAGAGCGGAAGAGAGAUAAUAUAGGAGUCAUCCCUCACUUUUUCAUGGCCGUCUUUUAUGUCUUCCUUCAUGCUAUCCUCAUCAUGGUCCAAGCCUCCACCCUGAAUGUCGCCUUUAAUUCCCACAACAAGUCCCUGCUCACCAUCAUGAUGUCCAACAAUUUUGUGGAGAUCAAAGGAAGUGUAUUCAAGAAAUUUGAGAAGAACAACUUAUUCCAGAUGUCCAACAGUGAUAUCAAAGAGCGGUUCACCAGCUAUGUCCUUCUGCUCAUCGUUUGUCUCAGGAAUAUGGAGCAGUUCUCCUGGAACCCUGAGCACCUGUGGGUGUUGUUCCCUGACGUCUUUAUGGUUGUCACCUCUGAAGUUGCCGUUGACGUCAUCAAACAUGCUUUUAUCACAAAAUUCAAUGACAUCACAGCAGAUGUGUACAGUGAAUAUAGAGCCAGUUUGGCUUUUGAUCUUGUCAGCAGUCGACAGAAGAAUGCUUGUACCGACUACAGUGACUCAGUGGCCCGGAGGAUGGGCUUCAUCCCCCUGCCAUUGGCUGUGCUGCUCAGCAGAGUGGUGAUCAGUUCAGUGAAGGUGCAGGGAGCGCUGUCAUACACCUGUGUGCUCCUCUUUUAUCUCGGGCUGGUAACGCUGAAAGUGCUGAACAGUAUUGUGCUCCUGGGGAAAUCGUGUGUUUAUGUUAAGAGAGCCAAAAUGGAGGACAAACUGUUUGAGAGGCCCUCGACUGCUCCAUCCUCCUCUGCCAAGAGCCCCAGCAAAGCUGACCCAGCCAGGUGUCGCACGCCCUCAGGUGACUCUAAGGUGGCGCAGAUCCCUGCCACUCUCUGCAGCCCAGCGUCCCCUUCCUUCUCAUCUGUGACCACGCAGCCUGCCCCCAGGACGGAUUUGUUUCCGCCACCAUUUACCGAUGUCUCACCUGCUAAACCAGCUAGCCGUCCACCUAGUCCACCACCUGAACCUGAUACUGAACAACCUCCAUGCACACUAUUAAAAGAAGAGGAAGAGGAAGAGGAAGAGGAGGAGGAGGAGGAGGUGGCACAACUGGCCUCUGAAACAAAGCACAAGAAUCCCAAAAAAGACCUGCUGGAGAUUGACCGAUUCACAAUCUGUGGAAACCGCAUCGACUGAUCAGCCACUGAUGUAGCGACUAACCCCUCAGGAAAGACAGAGAGCAAAGGCCUCCCAGCCUGGCUCUCACCCAACAGCAGCAGAAAGCUGAGUACUUAUUUAAGUCAGUGACAUUACAGUAAGUUAUUGUAAACGCGUCAGACGAUCCUGCUGUUGUUUAAACCGAAGUGGAGAAGUUUCAUGAGGAAAACUUCUCCCAGGUGAUAAACAGAAGGAGACAGAAAGCGUGAGUGUUGCAGCCGAGUCAUCAGGAUGAACUGGCAUGUGUCACAGCGCGUGCGUGUGUGUGUUUGAGUAUCAGUGCUUUGGUGUGAGAGUGUGUGUGUGUGUGUGUGUGUGUGUGUGUGUGUGUGUGAGCAUAUGUGUGACUGUGAAGGCACACUAGCACUUCUUGUAUGAGCAGCAGUGGGACCAGGAGGGGAGAAGUUUCUCAGUUUGCUCAGCAGCCAGAAAAAAAACCCCUCCAAGCUCUGACAUCAGAGCUAACACCUGAAUCAUGAGUAUUUCCUGUUACCACAAGAAAACAAGUGUGGGUUUAUUUUAAGUACUAAACAGCCAACAUACAAAUUUGCAAGACAAACAGAGACCGAGGUUAUUUAAAACAACUGAGCUAAGAAAUGUAGCUCUGUUAUUAUAUGGCAGUUUGCAAUCCGAGGAUCACAAAAUUAUAAAAACAAGAUGUUUUCUGUAAUGCCUGUCUUUUUUUACAGUGUGGCUGUCUAGCAUCCAUUAUAUUCAGAAGAACUUAAAAAACAGAGCAGAAUUUUUAAAAGAAAAUGGGGUCAAAACUGGGUAAUGAAGGGUUUUUAAUCAGACAUUAAAAAGGUCACGCACAAAAAAGUUGGGAAACGUGACUGAGCGGUCACACACUGUUGAUAUUAGACUUCUGGUGAUUACAGUCCAUACCUCAGUGAAGCUGGUUUGAAUUUUGAAGUGAAGCACCAUUUUUUGGUUCCAGCAUGAUUUGAUGGCAUUACAAACAUAACUAAGAGCAGUGAAUUUAAAAUUAGAGCCUUAAGUAGAGCUUUUCAUUUACACAGCGACUCAAUAACGACGUUUGCAGCCGUCCUGCGCCUUCACCAACUCAGCAGCCUUUCAUCAAAGGGCCCAGUCAGCGUAAAGUAUUAACCAAAGCGGUUAGUGGCGGCUGAUGCUAAAUCUGCUUCGCCACUCGCUUACAUAGCCAAGUAUAGUGCAGAAGUUUAUAUGGAAAAUUAUGGAAAAAGUGGAUUUGUAUUUCGUAGCCCAAUAUAAUCUUAGUUUUCUUAUAUUUGCGGCACAUUUUUCCAAAUCACUUAGUUUCAGAUGACUGUCACCUAAUAUGCAUCUGUCUGUAAAAUGAAGAUAAUCAAUAGAGUGAUCACUUGGUGGGACACCUCUGAAAUUUAACGUGUAAUUUUUUUUUCUGAUGAAUGGUAUUUAAUCUUUAAUUACUUUUGAAUGCACUGAUGGGCCGUAUUGUCUUUAAAUACGGUUGUUUCUCAUUUGACUCUAGUGAUGCUCUAAUGUUUACAUCUUAGGAUUAUAGAAGCAAUAUUUACACAACAAAAUGCCUUUUUCGCAUGUGUUUUAAGACAUAUAUUUUGUUGACUGACCUUACAGAGUUUUUAUUUCUUUUAUUGCGUGAAUAAUCUAAAAAAAAAAAAAAAAAGAAGGAAAAAAAAAAAAAC